AUGGCGGCUAACGGUCUCUACAACAUUCAGCGCCUGGCUGUCCCAUUAGCGGUGGGCGCCAUGGCCGUCAACGCUUCCCUGUACGAUGUCAAGGGUGGAACUCGAGCCGUCAUCUUCGACAGGUUGUCUGGUGUGCAGGAGAAGGUCGUCAACGAAGGCACGCAUUUCUUGGUUCCCUGGUUGCAGAGAGCUAUUAUCUACGAUGUUCGCACCAAGCCUCGUAACAUCUCCACCACCACCGGAAGUAAGGAUUUGCAGAUGGUCAGCUUGACUCUGCGAGUCCUGCACCGUCCGGAGGUCCCGAAGCUGCCAGCCAUCUACCAGUCUUAUGGUACCGACUACGAUGAACGUGUCCUGCCUUCUAUCGGAAACGAAGUCCUCAAAUCCAUUGUCGCCCAGUUCGACGCAGCCGAACUCAUCACCCAGCGUGAGGCUGUCUCAAACCGUAUCCGUACAGACCUGUUGAAGCGAGCUUCGCAAUUCAACAUCGCCCUUGAGGAUGUCUCCAUCACCCACAUGACCUUCGGAAAGGAGUUCACGCGCGCCGUCGAACAGAAACAGAUCGCGCAACAGGAUGCCGAGCGAGCCCGCUUCAUCGUCGAGAAGGCCGAGCAGGAGCGCCAGGCCAACGUCAUCCGCGCUGAGGGUGAAGCCGGGAGUGCCGACAUCAUCAGCAAGGCCGUCGCCAAGGCUGGAAACGGUCUGAUCGAAAUCCGUCGUAUCGAAGCCAGCAAGGACAUUGCGAACACCCUCGCCAGCAACCCGAAUGUCACAUAUUUGCCGGGAGGUGAAAGCAAGGAGGGCGGAAAGAGCACAAGUCUUCUCCUGGGGCUUAGGAGUUAA